AUGUCUGAAGAGGAAGAGAUUAUUUAUAUAAAUAUGGAAAGUGACACUGAUGAUAGUCACAUCAGUUAUGAUGGAGAUGAACUAUUUAGUGAAGAUUUUGGUUCUGAUAUUGAGGACACGUCGAGUUUUGAGGGCUUGACCGUAGACUCUGAACUUGAAGAUUCUGACCUGGACAGCUUUGUGGAAGAAUCCCUAUCUGGUAACUUUGCUAAAUUUUCUCUUGGCAAGAGCCGAUGCAGGAAACCCAACUGGGCAGUGAGCAAGGAGACAGAAAAACUAGAAAUCCACAAAGCAAGGGAUAUUAACAGGCAGAAACGUAUGAAAACAUUCAACUGCAUUCAUAAUGAGAAGGAUGCAAGUGAGCAAUUACAAGAACUUCUUGAGAGGACAAACAGGCAGAUUACCAAUAUUUAUGAAGCAGUUUCAAGAAUUCACGAGUUCUGUGGGGUGUCACAGAUGGAGAGAUGUAGAAAUUGUGAUGAGCAAUUAACCCCAGCUGUGCCAGCAGUCCAGGACCAGGACAAUCCCGAGGGAACAGUUCUUCAGCCAGUGGCAGAGGCCAAGCCUGCAAAGCUAGAUCCUGAUGCUGAUAUAGAACCCAGUGCUGGAGGUGCCCAAGAAACCAACACUGCCAUCUCAUCUGACCAGCCUGCUGUGGAAGCUCCUCCAGGAUUUCAGCAACCAGUAGACUCCACUCCGGCCCAUCACCCCAGUGAAAUACCAGAAGUUAUAGAUGCCAGUUGUACAAACAACAAUGUGAUCAUGAACAAGCCAACUUUUGAGAAAAAUCAACAAGACGGUUUCAGUCCACCUGUCUAUCACAACUUUGGUAUUCCAGUAAUACCAGAAGCUGUCUUGGUAAACAAUCCUGAGAUGAUGGAUCACCCACCUGCAGUUGGAAAUAGCAGUGGCCACCAAAAUUUGUCUUCAUCUACUGGGCCCAUUCCUGAUUCUGAGAUCAAAGAAGUUGUGCUGUUAGAAAUGCCAGGAAAAACUGAAGUUAUCAUGGAUGGCACUAGACAGACAGCAUAUUACCCUGCUUUAUUAGGAAAUGUUGUUCCCCCAGAUCCUGAAACUGUAGCUGCCUCUAUUUCUUCUGAAUCUGAAAUUGAAAAACUUGUACUGGUAGAAGUACCAAUUGCUCCAGAAAGCAUCCUGGAUGACAGCCCUGAGACACUGAAUAACCCAGUUAUACUACAACAUGCUAGGGACCAAGAACCUGCUGCUGAAUCUUUUGUUCCUUCGGCUGUUGAAUUAUUGGACAAUGAAGAAAACAAUGCUCAGAGAGUAGAAAUGGAAAAUGAUGGUGGCCAAACUAUGCCAUUCUGUGUCUAUGUUCAUUCAGGUGUUGGACAUGUGUAG